AUGGCAUCGAACCCACCCGCUCGCUGCUGCACCAUUGGCGUCAAGCAUGAGGGCAAGCCGCAGGGCGAAAUCAAGGACAUCGGCAAGAUCUCAACCUACUUCGCCUACCCUGAAGACAAGCAGACAGCGAAUGCCAUCCUAAUCCUGCCAGAUGUCAUCGGACAUGAAUUUGUCAAUGCACAGCUCAUCGCGGACCAGUUCGCCGCGAACGGCUAUUUCGUCGUGAUGCCCGACCUCUUCGAAAAGGACCCCAUUCCCCUCAACCGUCCCGAAGGCUUCGACAUUAUGCAAUGGCUCCAGAAGGGCGGUCCGGAGGGCAAAGGCCACGGCCCCGGCCAAGUCGACCCGAUUGUCUCCCACAUCAUUGCCGAGAUGAAGAACUCCAUGGGCGUGAAGAAGAUCGGCUCGGUCGGCUACUGCUUCGGCGCCAAAUACGUCGCUCGCUUCCUGGCCGAGGGCAAGGGUAUCGAUGUCGGCUGCAUGGCUCACCCCUCAUUUGUGGAGGCGGAUGAGGUGAAGGCCAUGACGGGCCCGUUGUCCAUCGCGGCGGCGGAGACGGACCAGAUCUUCCCAGCGGAGAAGAGGCGGCAGACGGAGGAUCUACUGAAGGAGAUGGAUAUCCCGUACCAGAUGUGCUUGUACAGUGGCGUGGAGCAUGGUUUUGCGGUACGGGCGGAUCUGAGCAAGCCGCAAGUCAAGUUUGCAAAGGAGGCGGCGUUUUUGCAGCAUGUGCAAUGGUUUGACGAGUAUGUAAAGGGAAAGAGGGAUUCGGCUGCGUGA